CCACAGUGCGUUAGAGUUUGUUGAGAGAAAAGGAAAGGUUAGAGAGAGAAACACUCAAAAUUCUUAGAGAGAGAAACUCACCCACUUCCUCUCUUACAUUCAACAAUUACAUUUCAUUUUCACCCAACAACCUUUCAUCUCUUGAAGCUAUAAAGUUUUUCCCUUUUUUGUUGCCUUUGAAUUCUUAUUUCUUAUAUUCAUUUCAUAAAUCUUGGUUCUUCUUUUAUCCCUUUAAAUCAAUUUUUCUUUGAUAUUGAACAUGUUACCUUCUCAAAAAAAAAAAAAAAAAGACACAAUCUUGAUUCCAAUUCUUUUUGGGUUUUAUCUUGCUGUAAAUAUAUGUGCAAUAUUUGUUUCUUGAAUCCACUAGUUAUUUGCUGUAGUCUCUGUAUUUGAUUUCAUUUUGGUGAGUAAAUUGAAUCUUUUUCAGGGGUUUUAAUUUCUUAUAGUUAUGUGUUCUUUAAUUAAUUCAUUUUAUAUGUUACUUGAAAUUUCAAUUUCAGGCUUUGAAGGGGUUCUAGUUCUUUGUCUUCAUACUGUAUAGGAAUAAAGAUUGAAUCUUUUUAGUAAGUUAGAGGCAAGGUUUAUUGGAUCCAAGCUAUUUUUGAGGGUUAGUUUAGUCCAAAAAAAAAAUGUAUAUUGAAGAAUUGAAGGAGGGGGAAGAGUUUUGUGAUGAUCAUUGUGAAGGUCCAUUGGCUGUAUCGGAGACGAAAAGGGCGUUAGUUGGAGCAGGUGCUCGUGCUCUUUUUUAUCCGACAUUGCUGUAUAAUGUUGUGAGAAACAGGAUUCAGACUGAGUUCCGAUGGUGGGAUAGGGUUGAUGAGUUCAUACUGUUAGGAGCUGUUCCAUUUCCUGCUGAUAUCCCUCGCUUGAAGGCUCUAGGUGUGGCUGGAGUUGUUACCUUGAAUGAAUCAUAUGAGACUUUGGUCUCAACAUCAUCAUAUCUUGAUCAUGGCAUCAAUCACUUGGUGAUUCCUACCAGAGACUAUCUUUUUGCACCAUCAUACAGAGAUAUUGACCAAGCUAUAGAAUUCAUCCACGGUAAUGCAUCUUGUGGUAAGACAACAUACGUACACUGUAAGGCCGGCCGUGGCCGUAGUACAACCAUUGUCCUUUGCUACCUGGUCAAACACAAGCAGAUGAUGCCUGAGGCUGCUUAUGAUUACGUUAGAUCCAUCAGACCAAGGGUCUUGUUGGCCUCCUCUCAGUGGCAGGCUGUUAGAGAAUAUUACGCAAGAGUAAAAGAUACUGAUAGUGAUGUCUGUGGAGAUGAUAAUUCAUCGAAAGUACUUGACUUUCCAGCACAAAAAGAUAUUGCUGCCUUUGAUGAUGGUUCGGUCGUUCUAGUCUCUGAAUCUGACCUUGACGGGUAUGAUGACAGCGUUGAGUCAUCAGGUCGUCUAACACGUAACGAAGUGUUAGUGGAUUUAAACCUUGCAUGUAAAGGAGUUCAGGUUGCUCGCCAGGCAGCAAUUUCCCGGCUUUCAUAUCUCUGGCUUCGCUAUCAUUCGACCCAAAAAAUGUCAACCAAGAAGCUGGGAGGUAUUGGUGUUGACAUCCACGUUUAUUGAGAUUUCAUAUAUGUUGGUUAAGGGAAACCUAGGUGUGUUUCCAUUUCUCCUUUUUGAUGGUGGUGAUGUCAAUUAGAUGCUGCUGCUUCUUUUUUUUAACUUAAACCCCGUCCCCCUUUUUUCAUGUCUUCUUUGGAGCUACAACAAAAUUGUUGCAAAUGUAACUCUCAAUUUGUAAGAAGAUAAUCUUUGCAAGAAGAAUCUUUGCAAGAAGCCAAGAUUCAAGAAGUGUCACAGUUUUAAUAAUAUGAAGUGUCGCGAAAGGGCAUAACUGUAGUCUGUAGAGUUGUCUUUGAAAGGGAAAAGCGUGAGGCUUGCAUGUAACUAAAUUCGAUGUGUUAAGAGUUAUUUCUCUGUUUUUCA